GUAGGUCAUUUUGUUGGUGGUUUGCGAGGUGACUCCUCUUGUGGUGGUGGUAGGACGGUUCAGUUGGGGAUGUCGUGGGAAAAUGAGGGGAGCUUGGCUUUUAUGAUGGAGAAAGCACGAGCUACCGCGGUUGUUGGUCUAGGUUCAAGCGGCGGAGAUUUCCCCACUUGCUGGCGCGCAUUGGCGGCUUCGCUUGCGCUAUCUUCCAUCGUCAUUAUACGCUGCCAACCCAGGGGUCCUCGGGUGGGCGUUACUCUAGGCAAAAUGUGGUGUGAUAUUGCUUCCAUUUGGUAUACUAGAAGGUGAUUUAGGUUGUGCCAAGAUAAAUAAAUCGCCAAAGCCCAUCCAAAUAUAAGCGGUGUGUCUG